AGGUGCUGUACGUCCAAGAUGGCGGCGCCCUGUAGGCUGGAGGGACUGUGAGGUAAACAGCCGAGGGGGAGGAGACGGUGGUGACCAUGAAGGACAGCAGGUUGACAGCACUGGAAACUGAAGUACCAAUUAUCCCCAGAACGGCCUGGUAGUGGCCCCAAUGAAGAGCCUUCAGAGCCUGUAACACACGUCCUGAAACCUGUGCAGCACAUUCGUGGAAGAGAAUGGCCCAACAAGCGAACGUCGGGGAGCUCCUCUCCAUGCUGGAUUCCCCCAUGCUGGGUGUGCGAAGUGACGUGACAGCCAUCUUCAAAGAGAACCUCAAUUCUGACCGUGGUCCUAUGCUUAUAAACACCUUGGUGGAUUAUUACCUGGAAACCAAUUCUCAGCCGGUAUUGCACAUCCUGACCACCUUGCAAGAGCCACACGAUAAGCACCUCUUGGACAAAAUUAAUGAGUACGUGGGCAAAGCCGCCACUCGUUUACCCAUCCUCUCGUUUCUGGGGCACGUUAUAAGACUGCAGCCUUCUUGGAAGCACAAGCUCUCACAAGCACCUCUUUUGCCUUCUUUACUAAAAUGUCUCAAGAUGGACACUGACGUCGUCGUCCUCACAACAGGCGUCCUAGUGUUGAUAACCAUGCUACCAAUGAUUCCGCAGUCUGGGAAACAGCACCUUCUUGAUUUCUUUGAUAUUUUUGGCCGUCUUUCAUCAUGGUGCCUGAAGAAACCAGGCCAUGUGACAGAAGUCUAUCUUGUCCAUCUCCACGCCAGUGUUUAUGCUCUCUUUCAUCGCCUUUAUGGAAUGUAUCCUUGCAACUUUGUCUCCUUUCUACGUUCUCACUACAGUAUGAAGGAAAAUUUGGAGACUUUCGAAGAAGUGGUCAAGCCAAUGAUGGAACAUGUGCGAAUUCAUCCGGAACUAGUGACUGGAUCCAAGGACCAUGAACUGGACCCUCGAAGAUGGAAGAGAUUAGAAACUCAUGAUGUUGUAAUAGAGUGUGCCAAAAUCUCUCUGGACCCUACAGAAGCCUCAUAUGAAGAUGGCUAUUCUGUGUCUCACCAAAUCUCAGCCCGCUUUCCUCACCGUUCAGCCGAUGUCACCGCCAGCCCUUAUGUUGACACACAGAAUAGCUAUGGGAGUGCUACUUCUACCCCGUACUCCACUUCUCGGCUGACGUUGUUAAAUACGCCAGGGCAGCUACCUCAGACUCUGAGUUCCCCAUCAACACGGCUGUUAACUGAGCCGCCACAAGCUACUCUGUGGAGCCCAUCCGUGGUUUGUGGUAUGACCACUCCUCCAACUUCUCCUGGAAAUGUCCCACCUGAUUUGUCACACCCUUACAGUAAAGUCUUUGGUACAACUGGUGGAAAAGGAACUCCUCUAGGAACCCCAGCAACCUCUCCUCCUCCAGCCCCAAUCUGCCAUUCGGAUGACUACGUGCACAUUUCACUCCCCCAGGCCACAGCCACGCCCCCCAGGAAGGAAGAAAGAACAGAUUCUACAAGGCCAUGUCUACACAGACAGCACCACCUUCCGAAUGACAGAGGAUUAGAAGAAGUACCUGGCAGCAAAGGUUCUGUCACUCUAAGUGAUCUUCCAGGGUUUUUAGGUGAUCUAGCCUCUGAAGAAGAUAGCAUUGAAAAAGAUAAAGAAGAAGCUGCAAUAUCUAAAGAACUUUCUGAGAUCACAACAGCAGAGGCCGAGCCUAUGGUUCCUCGAGGAGGCUUUGACUCUCCCUUCUACCGAGACAGUCUCCCAGGCUCUCAGCGGAAGGCCCAUUCAGCAGCCUCCAGUGCUCAGGGCGCCAGUGUGAACCCUGAGCCUUUACACUCCUCCCUGGACAAGCUCGGGCCUGACACACCAAAGCAAGCCUUUACUCCCAUAGACCUACCCAGUGGUUGUGCCUACGAAAGCCCUGCUGGGGACAGGGAACGCCAGACUUCUCUGGAGACCAGUAUCUUCACUCCCAGCCCUUGUAAAGUUCCACCACACAGGGGAGUGGGCUUUGGAAGCGGGCAGCCUCACCCGUACGAUCAUCUUUUUGAGGUGGCAUUGCCAAAGACUGCCCAUCAUUUUGUCAGCGAGAAGACCAAGGAACUGUUAAAGAAAGCGAAAGGCACAGAGGAAGACUACAUGCCCUCCGCCUCUCCCAUGGAAGUACUGGACAGACUGAUACAGCAGGGCGCCGACGCACACAGCAAGGAACUCAACAGGUUGUCUUUACCCAGCAAGUCUGUCGACUGGACCCACUUUGGAGGCUCUCCUCCUUCAGACGAGAUCCGCACCCUCCGAGACCAGUUGCUGUUACUGCACAACCAGCUGCUGUAUGAGCGAUUUAAGAGGCAGCAGCAUGCUGUCCGGAACAGACGGCUCCUCCGCAAGGUGAUCAGAGCAGCAGCUCUGGAGGAACACAAUGCUGCCAUGAAAGAUCAGUUGAAGUUACAAGAGAAGGACAUCCAGAUAUGGAAGGUUAGUCUACAAAAAGAACAAGCCAGAUACAGUCAGCUUCAGGAGCAGCGUGACACUGUGGUAACCCAGCUCCACAGCCAGAUCAGACAGCUGCAACAUGACCGAGAAGAGUUCUACAACCAGAGCCAGGAAUUACAGACAAAGCUGGAAGACUGCAGGAGCAUGAUUGCAGAGCUGCGGAUAGAGCUAAAGAAAGCCAACUACAAGGUCUGUCACACCGAACUGCUGCUCAGCCAGGUUUCUCAGAAGCUCUCAAAUAGCGAGUCAGUCCAGCAGCAGAUGGAGUUCUUGAACAGGCAGCUGUUGGUUCUUGGGGAGGUCAACGAGCUGUAUUUGGAACAACUGCAGAACAAGCAUUCUGACACCACAAAGGAAGUGGAAAUGAUGAAAGCUGCAUAUCGGAAAGAACUAGAAAAAAACAGAAGCCAUGUUCUCCAGCAGAAUCAGAGGCUUGAUACCUCCCAAAAACGGAUUUCAGAACUGGAAUCUCUUCUGGCCAAGAAAGACCACCUUCUUUUGGAACAGAAGAAAUAUUUAGAGGACGUCAAACUCCAGGCAAGAGGACAGCUGCAGGCUGCAGAGAGCAGGUAUGAGGCUCAGAAAAGGAUUACACAAGUGUUUGAAUUGGAGAUCUUAGAUUUAUAUGGCAGGUUGGAGAAAGAUGGCCUCCUGAAAAAACUUGAAGAAGAAAAGACAGAAGCAGCUGAAGCCGCAGAAGAAAGGCUUGACUGUUGUAAUGAUGGCUGCUCAGAUUCCAUGGUAGGGCACAAUGAAGAGGCAUCUGGCCACAACGGUGAGACCAAGACUCCCAGGCCUGGCAGCACCCGGGGUAGUAGUGGAAGUAGAGGAGGUGGAGGCAGCAGCAGCAGCAGCAGCGAGCUUUCUACCCCAGAGAAGCCCCCAAGCCAAAGGGCAGGCCCAUUCAGCAGUCGGUGGGAAACUACUAUGGGAGAGCCCUCUACCAGCAUCCCUACAACUGUUGGCUCACUUCCCAGUUCAAAGAGCUUCCUGGGCAUGAAGGCCCGAGAGUUAUUUCGUAAUAAGAGUGAGAGCCAGUGUGAUGAGGACGGCAUGACCAUCAGUAGCCUUUCUGAAACCCUAAAGACAGAAGUGGGCAAAGACUCGGGUGUGGAAGCCAAGACUGCCCUGAACCUAGAUGGCCCACACCCAUCUCCCCCAAACUCCGACAGUGUUGGACAGCUUCGUAUCAUGGACUACAACGAGACGCAUCAUGAACACAGCUAAGGAUGGGGGUCAAUCAGUGUUAACUUGUGUAUCGUUGGCAUAGAACAGGAGGUGUGAGUGCACGUUUCAAAGCUUUCCUGUUUCCAGGGUCUGAGUGGCUGUCUCAUGUGAUGGAAAUGGGUUGGAGGUCCUUUUGACAGCUGACUGAAUGCAGAACGGUUUUUGGAUCUGUCAUGGAAAUGCCUCUUAACCUUCCCCUCAACCCACCCCCAAACCUCUCUUUCACUGACCUAGCAGUGUGUACUAAUCGGAGGGCCAAUUUGUAUUCCUCAGUAGCUUUUUCUCCAAAAUGGUUGCGUCCUUUGAACCUGUGCAAUAUGAGGCCAAACUUAAUCUUUGAUUCUAACACACCACUUUCUGCUUUCCUGAAGCUCAGACAACUGGGUUCACUCUUGGUUAGGCCAGGUAGUUGGCGUUGCAGGUAAGUCUGGUUUUGUCCCUUCUAAGAGGAUGUAGCCUGCAAAGCUGACGGUCUUCACAUGAAAGCUUUUACAUGAGAUUUUCCCACUGCUUUUUGGUUCUGAAGUUCAGCAUCUGAAGCAGCAGAUCUAGAAAAACAAUAGUGUAUUCACCCUUCCGUUCUUUUGGCGGUUCUGAUAAGCUUCCUGGAAAGUUCUGUGUGAACAAAUGCCUGUUGUUUCAAAAAUCUAGAGCUGCACUGUAGAGACCAUACUUACCCUUUGGGAAAGCUCUUGUCCCUCCUUCCCCCCACUACCUCUUAUUUAUUUGGUGUCUGCUUCAAUGCUGGUACUAUUCUGACCACAGGCUGGUGUGUAGGUGGCAAAAUCUGUUCUCUGCAGGAGGCAAGGAGCAGGAGAAGUUACCCAAGAGACAGCUGAGCCUGAGGGACUGCACCUCCAGGCUGGUCUUGUCUAGCUGAGCCUUUGGUUAAACUCUCUGUCUUUUGCCUCUCUCUGUGUUCACGUGCGCCCCUUGUUUAUGUCAGCUUCUUUGUGAUGCUGCAGCAGAAAGGCUAUGAAGGUCCAAAGAGUUUCUUCACAGUUUAUGUGACCAUCGUUCUCAGGCUGUUAGGGCUGCCUCUCUGUGGUAAGUUUUAGGCCACCAAAAAAGGUAGUGGCUUUUCCACAUCAGUUCUACUUUUCAGGGACUGACUCUCUAGGGAGCUUGAUGUUGUCACACCCUCCCGUGUUAGUAACAGCAGAGAAAUUGAAAGCAGAGUCUGGGAAAGUAUCGACAGAGGCUGACUGUGUGUCCCCAUUGGGUUGCCCCAGCUGCUCACGAGGGGUGACACCAGUCAGAAUGCUGGCAGUGGCAGAGAAUCCAAACUCAGCAGAUGCUCCUGAAAUAAAUGCUAGAAGCCCAAGAAUUGUUGCCUGGUGAUCCAGAUGAGGCAAGGAGAGACUUGGUAGGAAAGAGCUGGUGAAUUUGGUUUUCCUGUUUCUAUUCUUUCAGUAGAAAGAAUAGAAGGGUUCAGCCAUGAAGAGGUAGAAGAAACUAAUGGUACGAAAUCCUACUGCAUCCUGAAGUUUCCAGCACGUAAGGGUGAAAGUGUUUCUUUUUUUUUUUAAGUGUGGCAAUAAAUACGCUGUCAUCUCUAACUAAAGGGAGCUAGACAGAGACCCCAUAUCCCCAUGGCUAUACUGGCAGAAGACCUGGUCGGUACAGGAUUUCUGGGUGUGACUGAUUCCCAGCCCACAGAGGGAAUGUCUCCAAAUGCUGUCAGCCUAGCAUGGGGUCGCAGUUGCUGCUGGAUGUCCAAUGUGGAGUGUUAGUGACACCCCAGGUUUAAUUCAGCUUUGUCCAAAGGAAAGCUUGAAAUCCAAUACAUCCUAGUUACCUAGUUUAGUUUAAAAGAGGAAAGCAUGAACAGAUUCAGAAAGGGAAAAAAAAAGUGUUGUAGGUUAACUAUGAAAACCAGUUUUAAGUGCUUUCCCCCUUCCCAAGCAUAAGAGAUCUGUGCUGCAGAACAAAGAUACCAGGCACUUAAAUCAAAGCCUUUUCCUUAAUUGG